AUGUGGUACACGAUUGUAUGGAAGAUUAUGUUAAACCGUAAGAGGAUAGGCAGUGUGACUGAAAAGGAUUUGGUUCUAGCUUCCUCGGAUUAUUGGGUGAAUACCUUGAAAUCUCCCGUUGAGGAAAUGCUGCAGAUGAAGAGGAAAAGUGGCCAGCGAGUUCGCUCUGAAGGCACGGCGGCUGUUACUGUUAAGGCGGACUCCCGGUGUCAGAAGAACCUCGACCGAUCUUUCCCUUCUACUAUUGACUGGAAACCGGUAGAGAAGCAGCUACGUAAAUGGUGCAAUUUGGUUCGUAUGGGCAAAAUGCUCACAAUCGAGGUUGUCUUGAAUUACAGGGGCAACGAUAGUAGCUCCGUGUCUGUAUCAAGAACAGUUCAAAAGAGAGGCCGUGUGUCAGCCUCAUGA